GGCCUGAGUAGUGGAUUACCAGACGAAACGAGGAGGAGUAGACAGGGAGGUGGAGAGCGGAGGAGGGAGCAAAUCAACGCCAGCGAGGAGAGAUUCAAACACAAACAAGUGGAUGGGCUUCUACCCCUCGGCGCCGGACACCGACUCCUCGCCCGCCCAGCGCUAGCUCCAGGCCGCGGCCUCCAGCCCGCACAGCAGCAGCCUCCGCCGAGCGCUCCCUCCUCGGGCCUGCCCCGUGCUCCGGCCCGCCUCGCCUCUGGGUGUCUCCUGCGUUUCCCGCUCUUUCCUCUCACUCUUCGCCCGAGGCCUGAACCCGCGCCAUGUCCCGUUCCAGCCGGCAGAAGGAGUACAAGUGCGGGGACCUGGUGUUCGCCAAGAUGAAGGGCUACCCGCACUGGCCGGCCCGGAUUGAUGAAGUCCCAGAUCCCGCCGCAAAGUCCGCUGCUAACAAGUACCAAGUUUUCUUCUUUGGGACACACGAAACGGCACACCUUGGUCCUAAAGACAUCUUUAACUACGAGGAGACCAAGGAGAAGUUUGGAAAAGCAAACAAGAGGAAAGGCUUCAGCGAGGGGCUCUGGGAAAUUGAGAAUAAUCCCACAGUAAAAGCCUCAGGAUAUACGCCUUCUCGGAAGAGGGGUUCCAAAGGCGCUGGACGUGGAGGUGAUAAAGCCAAGGACGGAGAGAAGGCGACGCCAAAGAAAAGCUCAGAAGGCGACGCAGAAGACGACGACGAUGAGGAAGAAAAGCCAGAGGAUGAUGGAGAGAAGAAAGGCAGUGCUGACGGCAGCAGCGAUGAGGAGGGGAAAUUAGUGAUUGACGAGCAGUCUAAGGAGAAGGGAGAGAAGGCCGCAGCCAAGCGGAAAGCAGAGGACGCUGCAGAGAGCUCCCCUAAAAGAGUCAAGGCGGAUGAAGAGCAGGAAGAUGAGAAAUCCGAGAACAAGGAACCUGCGAAAGAGGAGGCCAAGCACACGCCGGAUGCGAAAAAAGACAACAAGAGCGAUACUGCUGCAAAGGAGGGGUUAAAGGGGGAGGAGAAAAAGGCAGAAGAAAAAUCAGUCAUAGAAGAAACCAGUAACAAAGAGAUGAGUUAAACGGAGUUUCCCUUUCCUGACUGGGCAGAAUCCUGACGACCUUUUCCUAUAUGGGGCGACGUGGGUGCAUUAAAGAGAAAAAAAAAUUUACUUUGAAAAGAGAAAAAAAAAAAAACCUGGGGAAUGAACACUUCAUCUUCUUCAUCAGCCAUUCUGUUAGAUCUGCAACCCAACCCAGAAGCCAUCGUUGUCAGUCCACAUCUUCACGUAGAGAUCAGGGCCUUCAGAUAAACUCUGCCAACCGGUAACGCUGCUUGUGUCUCUUACAUACUGUUAUAUUGCGCCAAGCAGAAGGCCCCGCCCCCCUAUUAACGCCCCCGCGGAGCCUCCAGAUAUAAGCUCUCAUCUUGAUCAUGGUUUUACUUUGUCUUAUUUGUUCUGUUUUUAACCCUUGCCACAUACGCAGGCUUCUUAAUCUGACCCAUCUCUCUAAUAUCCUGAAUCUACAGCAGAGUCCAUAUUGGCAGCUCUUGGACUCGCCUCUUGAGUCUACAGCAGUGGGGGCCCCCUUUAGACGGCCAUGAUUUUGGGCGCAAAUCCCAUCCCGGUGGUGGGUCUUGGGGAUCUGAUGCUCUUAGUGUCUAUCACUGGACCCGGGAUCUGCAGCUAAAAUCUGCCCACGGUGCCUAAGGGUUUUUCUCUAUCCGCCCCCCACAGUCUGCGUCGGACAUUUUUAUUUUCUUGCCCCCCUUUCACUGGCUGCACCAAAGAGUUCAUCCCUUCAUCGGUAGCUUUUAAAGUGCUUCUGACAAUUCAUCUAGAGCUAUGAAAACUUUAUAUACAGGGUGGACCAUACCACUAUUUUAUUACCCCCCCCCCCCCCGCCCCCUUUACAGUGACCUGUGGGCUUUCAGCUGUUGCAGAACUACAACUCCCAGCCGAUGCUGGUGACGGCUGAAGGACGGCAGGCUCCAGAUCUCCGCUUUUGGCCCCUGUUCCUGUAGGCCCUACAGUAUAUAAAGGAGUCGCUUUCACCGUCGUGUAUUUUUUAAAGUUUUUGGAUCUUUAUAACUGGAUAUUUGUCUGUCCUUCUAUCGGCUUUUUAUGUUAAUUUUUUUUGCGUAAUCCUCCUCCGUUUCCUGCUUUGGGAAAGCAGAGGAGACGAUGUAAAAAUAACCUGCCCUCGUUUAGCAUCAUGUGUAUACUUUGUGUAUAGGAAUUUUCUGUCGGCAUUUUAUAUAGCGGCAUAGUCUGGCUGUAAUAUAUUAAACACUAAGUGUAUAACGUGCCCAUAGCUUGUUCUUGACACCCGCAGUAGCCUGGGCCACCAGGGGCGACUACUGCUGCUAGGAUAACCUCGCGGCCUAGUGUUCUUGAUCAUGUGACAGAGGGGUUGAAAGAUUUCAGGUAGCCGUUGCCAACCCAAAUGGACAUACCACUUUAAAAUAGAGGAAAACAGGUCACCUAUGUCUAUGGGCUGUGUCUAAUACUGCAGUACCUGACCCGGCCUGUGGACAUGAGUGGUGCCGUUCCUGAGUUACAUCUGGUAUUCUGCUGUGAGUCGCUGUAAAGUGGCAAUCGUGUGGAUCUACCCGUUAAAGCUUCCCUGACUUCUCUGUGUGUGCAUGAGGAUUGAAGGGUUUGUCCAGGAUUAGAAAAACAUGGCUGCUUUCUUCUAAAAACAGCGCCACCCCUGUCCACAGGUUGUGUGUGGUAGUGCAGCUCGGCUCUGUUGGAGUCGGUGUGGCAUAGCUGCCAUAACGCACACAAUCUUGGAUGGGGGUGGUGCGGUUGAGAAGGCAGCCAUGUUGUUCUCGUCCUGGACACCCCACUGUGUACGCCCUGUGCUCUAGCUCUAAUAUGGAGCGAGAUGGCGGCCUCUGUCCUGUAUGUGGGUGUCCCUUAUUGUCUCAGCGGAAGAGUCUUAAAGGAACCUCUCAGCCACAAACUGAUUGGCCUGAGGCUCUUAAUCUUAAGAUUGCCAGUGCUUUGUGGGUUCAGCGAUGAGGCCGCCCCGCACCUCUGCAGUCAUCUCUCAUCCCGUCCUCACUAAUCAAGGGUUGCAGCCCCAAGUCCGACUCUUCGCCCGGCUACUAACAUCAUGGAACGAAAACAUUUUGUAGUAUGUUUUUAAUAAAAUAAAAAGCGGCUAAAAAAAAUUUACCCUAAAGAGUCCUUUCUAGUUAAUUUUCUAGGUAGUUUUCUAUUUUCUCCCCUCCCCCGCGUGCCCAUGUCGGUCUCCUCCUCCCCCUCCUCUCAUCCUGCUAUGUGAUGUAAUCAUAAAAUUUGUAACAUAUGCCGAGAAUGACUUUCCUUCAACUUUUUAUCCCCCCCCCCCCCCAUCCCGGUUUUGCGGUUGUGAUGGAAGCGAUUGUUAAAAAAAAAAAAUAAUUAGCUUUUUGGUAUAGUUCUAAAAACUGUAGACUGCAGCUCUUUUGGACAAACAGAUUAUUAUUAAAAAAUAAAAAUUAAGAAAUUUC